UUUUUCCUUUGUCAGGGUUUGUUCUGUUUUAUUUUAUGUGUGAAGGAAUUGUUUGAAUAUGGCGAUGCGAAAAGCGUUUCGAGUUUCUUUCAAGAACUCCACGUCUGGGCCGUAUAGUGUUCUUCUGGAGCACAGAAGUCGGGAAGAGACUCUUUUGUUUGAGUCGGGUGCUGUUGCUGUGCUGUCCUCGCAGGAAACGGAAUGUAUAAAGAAGCCGUAUACUUUGAUGCUCGAUGCAUAUGGGUGUCUGGGAAUUCUUCAGGUUUGCACUGCAGACGGAAUAAUAUAUUUCCUGGCAAUGAUCACGGGAUGUUCUUCCGUGGGCAAGAUAAAAGAAGCGGAAAUCCUGCGCAUCACCGACGGAAUAAUAUAUUUCCUGGCAAUGAUCACGGGAUGUUCUUCCGUGGGCAAGAUAAAAGAAGCGGAAAUCCUGCGCAUCACCGGUGUCCAGCUUGUAUCAUUGCGUGGACAACCCGGAGACGAGGAGAAGCUCAUGGACGUGAAGAAAAUCCUGAGUCUCGGCACGUUCUACUACUCUUCCAAGCCAGAGGCGUUUGAUUUGAGUCUCUGCAGCCAGCGGGCCACCAAGACGUCGGAGACGGACAACCGGUUCUUUUGGAACCGAAUCCUGCACACGCACUUGAUGCGAUUCGGCGUGGACACCACGUGUUGGCUAGUCAAGAUGAUUUGCGGCGCCGUGGAAAUUCGAACCCUGUACGUCGGGCAUCAGCAAGCCAAGGCGUGUCUCAUUUCCCGACUGAGUUGCGAAAGGGCCGGUACUAGGUUCAAUGUGCGCGGCGCCAACGACGACGGACAGGUGGCGAAUUUUGUGGAGACGGAGCAGGUUAUUUUUGCCGACGAGGACGUGGCGUCCUUUGUGCAGACCCGAGGUUCUGUCCCGUUGUUUUGGGAACAGCCUGGAGUCCAGGUUGGUUCUCACAAGGUGCGUUUUGCACGAGGCACUGAAGCCUCGGCGCCUGCAUUCGACAAGCACAUGCGCCAAAUGAAGCGCAACUACGGCCAGUUUGCAAUAGUGAAUUUGUUGGGCUCCUCCAUGUUGGGCAGCAAGCAAGGAGAAGCCACUCUGUCGGAGAUGUUCAAGAGCCACCAC